AUGUCUAUGUUCCGUUCGAAGAAGCUGGACCUCGGUGGUUUUGUCAACAUUAAGGUCAUCCGCGACCACACCAAGCGCAAAGUCUUUGAGCAGAACGAGACCGAGAGACAAGCACUCCGCUACAUCAUCCGUAACACACUUCUGCCAGCACGCGCCCGUGCCCAGGCUCAAUUGCAGCUGUCGCAAAUGCACUGCUACACCCGCCCCACCCAGAUCAAGAACAGAUGUAUUGCUGGCGGCAAGGGAAGAGGUGUUUUCCGUGAUUUCCGCAUGGCAAGAUACCAAUUCCGUAUGCACGCACUAGCUGGACAAUUGCCUGGUGUCAAGAAGGCCAGUUGGUAA